UUGAAGCUAGAGCGAAACGCUGCUUUGGGAUCCUCCUUCCCUUUUUUGCAUUUUAGAUUUCUAGAAAUUCUAUUGCGCUCCAUGGCCUACGCUUAAUCCUUGAGCCUUAAGCAGAUCUGGAUCUUCUCUUUGAAAGAAAAAAAAAGGAAAAGAAAAAAAAAAACACGUUAAAAACGGUUUCAGCUUCCCGGGAACAUCACAGCUCGUUUCUUGAUCAUUAAUCUCAGCUGUCAGUUCUAAAGGGCUAAGCUUAGAGAAGAUCGAAGAUGGUGCUGGUGUCGGCCGUACGGGAUUAUGUUUACCGGAUGUUACAAGACAUCUCCGGCAUGAAAGUCCUCAUUCUUGAUUCUCAAACGGUUAGCAUUGUGAGUGUUGUUUAUUCCCAAUCAGAGCUACUUCAGAAAGAAGUCUUUUUGGUAGAAUUGAUAGACUCCAUCUCCAAGUCAAAAGAAUCUAUGUCGCAUCUCAAGGCAGUUUAUUUCCUUCGGCCUACAUCAGAAAAUAUUCAAUAUAUGCGGCGUCAGCUAUCUAACCCUAGGUUUGGAGAGUGUCACUUGUUUUUCUCAAACAUGUUGAAGGAUACUCAGAUUCAUCUUUUAGCUGAUUCAGAUGAACAAGAAGUUGUCCAGCAAGUCCAGGAGUUUUAUGCAGACUUCAUUUCAGUUGAUCCUUAUCACUUCACUUUAAACAUGCCCUCAAAUCAUUAUUAUAUUCUCCCAGCAGUUGUGGACCCUUCUAAUUUGCAGCAUUUCUGUGACCGAGCUGUUGAUGGUAUUGGUGCAGUUUUCUUGGCAUUAAAACGGAGACCAAUUAUUAGAUAUUCAAGGGCAUCUGAUAUUGCAAAAAGGAUUGCUCAUGAAACAGCAAAGCUAAUGUACCAGCAAGAAAGUGGUCUUUUUGACUUCAGGCGGAUGGAAAUGUCUCCGUUGCUGCUGAUAGUUGACAGAAGGGAUGAUCCUGUGACUCCAUUGCUGAACCAAUGGACCUAUCAGGCAAUGGUUCAUGAAUUGAUAGGUAUUCAGGAUAACAAAGUGGAUUUGAGAAGCAUUGGCAAAUUUCCCAAAGAUCAACAGGAAGUUGUGCUUUCAUCAGAACAAGAUGCUUUCUUCAAAGCUAACAUGUAUGAAAACUUUGGAGAUAUCGGAAUGAAUAUCAAGCGGAUGGUGGAUGAUUUUCAGCAAGUUGCUAAAAGCAACCAAAAUAUACAGACAAUAGAAGACAUGGCCAAAUUUGUAGACAACUACCCGGAGUACAGAAAAAUGCAUGGGAAUGUUUCAAAGCAUGUCACAUUGGUAACAGAAAUGAGCAAAAUAGUUGAGGAGAGAAAACUUAUGUUGGUUUCAGAAACUGAGCAGGAUUUGGCUUGCAAUGGGGGGCAAGUUGCUGCUUUUGAGGCAGUGACAAAUCUUUUAAAUAAUGAAAGUGUAUCUGAUAUUGACCGACUUCGCCUGGUAAUGCUGUAUGCUUUGCGCUACGAGAAGGAGAGUCCUGUCCAGUUAAUGCAGCUAUUUAACAAACUGGCAUCUCGGUCUGCCAAAUACAAGCCAGGGCUUGUGCAGUUUCUUCUAAAACAAGCAGGGGCUGAUAAGCGUACUGGUGAUCUUUAUGGAAAUCGUGAUUUUCUAAAUAUUGCUCGCAACAUGGCUCGUGGACUGAAGGGGGUUGAGAACGUGUACACCCAGCACCAGCCUCUUCUUUUCCAAACUAUGGAAAGCAUAAUCAAAGGACGACUGAGAGAUGUGGACUACCCAUAUGUUGGAAAUCAUUUUCAGCAGGGCAGGCCACAGGAGGUGGUUAUAUUCAUCAUUGGUGGAACAACUUAUGAGGAAUCACGCUCUGUUGCUCAGCUAAAUGCCAGCAAUUCUGGAAUUCGUUUUAUAAUUGGUGGAACAGCAGUUCUCAAUUCUAAGAGGUUUCUGAAGGACUUAGAAGAAGCUCAGGGGAUAGCUCGAAGCAAUGCCAAUGUUGUUUAAGUCCAAAUUGUGGCGUAUAUAUACGGGUUGAGCAUGAGAAGCAUGUAAAUAAGCAUUUGUGGGUCUUUAGUUUAGAUGAUUGGCAGUGGAACUGUGUUGGUAAAAGCAAUAUGACAAGGUGAGACUCGUGAAAUCAGCUCAUUGUCCGUGUUUAAGAUGAGAUAAAUGGUUCGACGAUCACCAUUGCAGAGUAUAAGUGAAAGGUAAAAUUGGCUAACCCCCUCAUUGUAUUCGUCUUUAUGGGGCAUUACCAUAUUUCUUCUACAUAAAAUUUUGUAAUUUAGUAUUCAACUCCUCCUUUUGUGUUUUGCUGUUGUGUACCUCAUUGAUGCAUCUAGCAUUCACCCAUGUAUUUGUAUCGUCAUCUGAUUGUCAAAAAUGGAAGCUAUAGUUUUCUCUUUAAA